AUGGCAUCUUCAGCAGCCUUGCGGCUAAACAAUCUUCGAAGACACUUGGAUUUGGAUUUAGAUCACACUGCCAACAAGGCUGCAGGAGUCAAUUCUGUCGGAGCAUCGCUCAACGUGAAGGUAGCUCAAGAGGUUUCUGAAGCGUUAUCACUAGGGCGUGCAGUUGUCGCUCUGGAAUCUACCAUUAUUUCACAUGGGAUGCCGUAUCCCCAAAAUUUGGAAACUGCAAAAGCAGUUGAAGCUAUUGUGAGAGAGAAUGGCGCGGUUCCUGCAACUAUUGCAAUUUUAGACGGCGUGCCUCGCAUAGGUUUAAGUGGGGAAGAGCUUGAAAGGUUAGCUAUUUUGGGAACCAAAGCACAGAAAACAGCUAGAAGGGAUAUUGCAUAUGUUGUGGCUAGAGGUGGAAAUGGUGCUACUACUGUUUCUGGCACAAUGUUCUUGGCGUCCAUGGUUGGCAUUCAUAUUUUUGUGACUGGUGGGAUGGGGGGAGUGCACAGGCAAGGGGAAUAUACUAUGGACAUAUCUUCAGAUCUCACCCAUCUUGGAAGAACACCAAUAGCAGUUAUAUGUGCUGGUGUAAAGUCAAUAUUGGAUAUCCCUAGGACCCUUGAAUAUCUGGAAACACAAGGAGUUUGUGUAGCUGCUUACAAGACCAAUGAGUUUCCUGCCUUUUUCACCGCAUCAAGCGGCUGCAUGGUUCCAUGCCGGGUAGAUACCCCCGAAGAAUGUGCUUCCUUAAUAGAAGCAAACACCAAACUCAAGCUUGGAUCUGGAAUCUUGAUAGGAGUUCCUAUUCCUCAAGAGCACUCAACAUCUGGACAUAUAAUUGAAUCUGCCAUCAAGAAAGCCCUUGAAGAAGCAAAGGAAAAUAAUAUAUCAGGAAACGCCAUAACUCCUUUCUUGCUCGAUAGAGUAAAUGCACUCACUGGAGGUGUCUCACUUGCUUCAAACAUUGCUCUUGUGAAAAAUAAUGCCCAACUUGGGGCUAAAGUUGCCGUCGCCCUUGCUCUGCUAAGAGAAAACAAUCAAAGGAAACAAGAGACAGAAUAG